AUGGCUGCGGUUGACGUUGAAACAUUCACCACUGGCCAGAUCGGCCUAUGGAACGGAACACAGGACGGCAAGGAUGGCAUCGUCGACUACAAGAACGGGCAAGCAAACGCCGAGACGAAUCUCCUGUUUCCACGAGACGUGAACAUCACGGUCCAGGACAUGCGACAUCUGCGUCCUUCGCCGCAACUCAUGACGAAUGGAUAUCAGCUCAUCACAAGUCCAACGGCCGUAUCGCAGCAAGACUUUGAAACCGCCGAUUCAACGACCAAACACGUAAUCGAGAGCGACUAUUACGAGGAAGUAGGCAAAGUGGUUCGAGAGAUGACACAAUGCGGCCAUGUGUUCCCGUACAACUUCGAGACUCGAAACCAACAGGCCAAAGUGCAGGAUUACCUGAGAGACGCAAUAGACCAGCCAGGACCGCGCCCCGUCGCCCACGUCGACCGAGAUCUACCAAACGCCAUUGUAUCGCUGCAAUGCGCCCUGGGCAAGGAGAAAGCCGACGACCUCUUGAAGCGACAUAAACGGUGGGCGCAGGUCAAUCUCUGGAGGCCCAUCGGCCGCCCAGUCGUCAAGUGGCCGCUCGUCUUUGCGAACCACGAUGCGAUUCCAGACUGGGACUACGACACGCACAUGGCACGCGUCUACAGCGUCAACGAUCCCCGGAUUGCCGACCGAGGGGGCAAGAGUCACAACUGCAUCUUGAUCGACGACGAGCGAUACGCCUACCACUACGCGAGCAACGUUGCGCCGGAGGAGGCGCUGGUGUUUUUCUCGUUCCAUUCGGAUCCCAAGAUGGUGCUGCCGCAUGGAGCGUUUUGGGAUGACAAGACGCCGGAUGAUGCGCCGCCGAGGCGAUCUCUGGAGGCACCGCGUAUCGUCACCAGCAAAAGAAGAGCUUCAAAACCAACUUGCAACAGCUGCCUCUACCUCGACGAAUUGGCAAUGGCAGACGCAGAUGAAAAAGAGCGCCAGAAGCAGGAGAAGCUCGCCGCCGCGAGGAAGCGCGUCGAGCAAAUGAAGAAGAAGAAGAAGAAAGAUGCGUCCUCCACGAAAGCAGAGCCCAAAGGCGAAGCAGAGGCAUCCGCUGCCGACACUGUUGAGGAUAUCUCGGAGCAGCCCCAGCAGAGCCAGGCCGAUGACAACGCCAUCGCAGACGACAAGGCUGUCGAAGAUGACAAGGCUGUCGAAGAGCCCAAAGUCGAAGAAGAACCACGGCCUGAGGAAGAAUCCAAGGCCGAGGAAGAACCUUUGGAAAAAGCCGUCGACUCGCCCCCCUCUGACACACCAUCCCUCGCGCAACAAUCAAAGCUCAGGUCCACCUCUUUCCGCGCCGGCUCGAUCGUAGGUCUAGGUCCAGGACCAAUGUCGCCCGGGCCGUUCAGUCCCGAGGGCGACACGGCCCCUGAUAUCUAUAGAAAGCACGUGGCUAGGAUAGAAGAGCUGGAGAAGGAGAACAAGCGACUCGCAAAGGAUGCAACCGACUCGGAGAAGAGGUGGAAGAAGGCAGAGGAAGAAUUGGCUGAUUUGCGUGAGUCUGACGGCAAAGAAAGCAAAGAUGGUCAGACGGAGAAGCUGAAGGAGGAGAUUGCGUCUCUGCAGCGGCAAAACUCUCAACUACAGCAGCAAGUGUCUCGCACCUCUGGCCACGCACAUCGACAAUCAGUGUCAAUAAACUCUCCUCCUCCGUCACUCCAGGCUGAGCUGAAGGCCAAAUCAGACAUAAUUGAAAACAUGGAAAUCGAGAUAUCAAAGCUCAAGGCUCGUGUCGAGCGGCAGGAGAGCGGGGCAUCGUCAGAAAAAGAGCAGAUCACCGCACUCGAAGAUAAGCUUGCCCGCGCUGAAGCCGCAGCCGGUAAAGCUCAGCGUGAGCUGCAAGACUUGAAGAAGAACCUCGAGCGGACCACCGAGAAGGCUGUCCGCGAAGGCAGCGAGCGAACUAGCGCCGAGACAAAGGCCAAGACGUUGGAACGCGAACUAGACGAAGCAAACAAGGCAAAGGAGGAACUAGAGAAGAAGGUCGAGGCACUUGACAAGAAAGUUACAACAUUGACUACGCUGCAUAAAGAGCAAGACGCACGAUCGCAAACUCUAAGGAAAGACAAGGAGAAGGCAGAAAGCGAGGCUCAGGAGCUACGGUCCAAGGUUGAAAAGCUGGAGAGCGAAAACGCCAAGCUUGCAAGCCGCAAAUCAACAGAAGGCGGUGGCGGCCUCGAUGACGAAGGCGUUGAUGAGCUCGAGGACGAGGGCAGGCUCAAGCUCGAGAAGAAGAUUCGCAGCCUCGAAGCCGAGAUUCACGAGCUUCGCAGCGGUGCCUGGAUCGAGAGACGGCGCGAGAUGGAAGCCACCAGUCCAGGGUUCGACGACGUAGACCUCUCGGGCAACAACCACCCUCCUGCGCACAAGAAGGGCUCGACGGGUGGCAUUGGUGAUUUUAUUGCACAUGGCCUGAAUGCUCUGGCGGGAGGAGGUGACGAUGAACUGCUGGCUGAUGACGAUGUGGAAUUCGAUGAAGAGGCUUUCAGAAAGGCGCACGAGGAAGAGGCCAAGAGGCGGAUAGAGAGAAUCAAGGAGAUUAAGCGGUCGCUGAAGCAUUGGGAGGGAUGGAGGCUGGACGUUGUGGAUGUGCGGAGAGGCGGAGGGCAAGGGAUUGGAGAUAUAUUUGACAUUUAG